GCUAAGUUACCGAAAGCGCGAUGAUGGCCGAUAGAGACUUGAGGAUCAGUGGGUGGAUUCCAUCUUGCCCAGCAGGCUUCGUCCCGUCAAGAUUUGUUAGAAGCUUGCGUACAUCUUCAAUACAGCAGUCUACGCUGUUAAGUUCGGCUGGAGCGGUACUCGUCGAACUCGUUACAGACACCUGGUCACUUGCAAAUACGGAGGCGAAGUGCGCCGCCAAUGCGGACGCACGAUCUGUACUCGAGAUUAGGGGCUGUCCAUCUGAGCCUUCUAACACUGGGACAUUGGCUGUAGGCCUCAGGCGCCGCUUCAUGUAUGCGAAGAUUCACUUGGGAGCAGUUUUUGCGGCCGUUGCAAGUUGCUCUUCCAAGCUACUGCGUUUUCUUGUUUUCGCGUUGUUUCAGCGAUUUCGCUGUAUGUUGUACGUAUUGUAGUACUCAUCAGAGCCGGAUAAAACGAAUUUCUCCAUGGUCUGCGUCGUCGUCGGGCCAGUUUGCUGUACUCUUUAUCGAACCAAUGUGGUUUGACUGGCUCAGCUUUCCGAUACUUGAUGGGUACAAAUCGGG